AUGAUGGAUCCUGAAACUUACGAGUUCUUCAAUGACACCAUCACGGACUGGCCGAAGAGAGACCCGCUGUACAUCGUGGUGCCGAUGACUAUCCUUUACUCCUUGAUCUUCGUGACGGGCCUCAUUGGAAACGUAAGCACCUGCGUCGUCAUCGGGAGGAACAGGCAUAUGCACACUGCCACUAACUACUAUCUCUUCUCGCUGGCGAUCUCAGACCUCCUCCUUCUGGUGUCGGGCCUGCCCCAGGAGAUGUACUACAUAUGGUCGAGGUACCCCUACGUCUUCGGCGAAGCGUUCUGCCUCCUCCGUGGCCUCGCAGCAGAGACCUCUGCCAACGCUACUGUCCUCACGAUCACCGCCUUCACGGUGGAGCGCUACGUCGCGAUCUGCCAUCCGUUCCUCUCGCACACCAUGUCCAAGUUGUCCAGGGCCUUCAGGCUCAUCCUGGUCAUCUGGGUGGUCGCCCUGGCCUUUGCCAUACCUCAGGCCCUCCAGUUCGGGGUUGUCGAAGAAGAGGACAAACCGGACUCUGCUCAGUGCGUCGUCAAGCGGAUCCUGAUCAAGCACUCCUUCGAGCUGUCGACCCUCCUCUUCUUCGUGGGCCCGAUGACGCUCAUCACCAUCCUGUACGCCCUCAUCGGUCUUAACCUCCGCAAAUCUGCCAUCAUCAGCAAGUCUGGUGGUUCCUUCAUGGCAGACAAGAGGCGUCUUCCAGCUAGGAACUCUUCGUCCCAGAGGGUCCUCAAGAUGUUGGUUGCUGUUGUGGUGGCUUUCUUCAUCUGCUGGGCGCCAUUCCACGCGCAGCGCUUGGUGGCGAUCUACGGGAGCAGCGGGCACAACACCCCCAGCUCACCGUUCAUGCUCAGCCUCUACUCGGUGGUCACCUACUUGUCCGGGAUCCUCUACUACUUCUCGACCACGGUCAAUCCUAUCCUCUAUCACAUCAUGUCUCUCAAGUUCAGGGAGGCUUUCAAAUCGACAUGGUGUCGGAAAAGGAAGCGGAGGACGUACCUGAUACUGUCACGUGGCCUGGAGUCGGGCAAGUCCGUGACAGACUCGGCCGGGAGCCCGCUGCCCAACUCCCGGCAAAGAAAGCAGCAACUCCCCGAACAGGACAUCUCCAACUCCUCGCUGAGGGAUGUGGACAAGAUGGCCCUGGAAGACGAGCUAUCGGCCUACAUGAGGUACAGGCAGGACCUGUUGGUACGCCAGGCGUGAUGGCCUCGAACCCACACCACCAGGUUCUGAACCGCUGGGGGUGCCCACGAGUGGAUAUUACUUUAUCUGUAAAUAUAUUCGUUGUUGUUAAGAUAUUAAUCUUAAUCUUAACCUUUAAUCUGAAGGUAAUUGUUUAUAUCUGAGAGCUUGAAUAAAGGUCUAGCUAGAGAAACUGGGGACCUAUUAGCACCUGUAGCAAUAUCGAGUUCAAAAAAUGAAACGAUUUUUUUUUUUUUUUCUUUACAAUGGUGAUAUUUGAAAAUGAAACAUUAUAUCACGGUAAAAUCCCUUUUUUAAAUAAAAUUACUACGAUUUUUUAACUUACAAUAAUUCUCAAAAAUUUGACGUUUAAAUUAAUUAAUUUAAUGAAGUGUUAAAAAUUCACAAAUAUCCAUUUACUUUCCACUUGAAUCGUAAAAUAUUUUUUUCCAAAAAAUCGAGAAAAGAUUUCACUUAAAAAAUAUUAGCAAAUAUUAAAUAGACAAAGUCUCCAGAUUGAAAACAUCAGAUUUCUGAGUAUUUUCGUAAAUAUAAACGUUGAAGUCAUACGAUGAAGUUUUAGAUGGAUAUUAAUAAUUUGAUAAAAAAUGGUCUGUACCGCGAAAUAAUCAGAAAUUCAUAAAAUAACUGCACAAGUUUUCGUAAGGAACUCGUUCAUUCUGAAACAGGCAAAAAAUAUAUAUAUAUAAAAAAAUAAUAAACUGAGAUUGUAAUACGAUGGACAUAAAAUAUAUCUCGCCCUGAUUUCACACUUUAAAAGCAAUUUUUUUUUUUUUGGAAUUUGAAAAGUUACCGUGAACUGGUACUGAUACUGUCUCUGUAUUACAGUAUAAUACGAAACUAUCCUGCGGGCUGAAACAAAUUUGUAUUCAGAAAACUUCCCUUUAGUCUUGAUGUACGAAUGUUCCUGUCUGCCAGAUUAUUUAAUAUUUAAAAACUCUAGUUUCUAAUCACCUCCUAGUUCCAAAGUAACUCCUGUUUGUUGUUGAACUUAGAAAUAUGUACGUAUACUAGUUGUAUUUUUUUUUAUAUCAGGGACAGAGAUCUGUCAAAAUGAGCACUAGCCUCGAACAGCAAAAUUUAGGAAGUGGCAAUUUUGAAACGAAAUAUAUAUUUUUUUAAAAUAAAAAUUAAAAAAUACAUAUUACUUUAUUAUUUUUGGCUAUAAUUCAUUCUAUAAAAUGAGUCAAUGUUAGAAGUUAUACUAAAUAGAAUACUUAAAAAAAAAAAAAUCUUUACUGAAAGGGGAGGAGAUGGAAAUAUAAGUAGACAGAGAGGGGGGUAAAAUAAAAUUUACCCUCCCAAUUGAAAACUUCUCUUUUUUACUGUCUUGCAUUAUACAAGGCUUAUUUAAUAAAUUAACAUAAAAUAUAAUGCUCUUCUACAUUCGGUAGUGGGAAAGCAAAAAAUAUUUGAUGUUUUCUUUAAAUUAUUAUUUGAAGUAGAACGAUGAUUAUGAUUUGUUUAAUUUAAUUUUCGAUUCAUUCAUCUAUUACUACGUGAGUAAUGUAUAAAAUAAAUCAGAGAUGAUUAAAACGUAUGCAUAAAGGUUCUGCUCUUUAAUCAAUUAAUUUAAUUAUUAAUAUGUGUAAAAAAGUUUACAAUAACUGGAAAUUCUAUGUCUUCAUAUUAUAAGUGCAGUUUUGUUUAUUAUAAUUAUUUUAUAAUUGCAAAUCCAACAUCAUAUAGGAUAAAACUUUAAUAUUUUAUAUUAAUCAGAAAAAUUGUAUCGUAGUAUUUUCAAUUAACAUGUAGAAUUUUCAAUUAUUAUAUCGGAAAAACAAACCUUUCACCUAAUCCGUACAAUAUCAUAAAUGAUAUUGGCUUUGAAUAAAGCCAUUUACAAGUUUUAUUUUUAAAACAAUAAUUUAAUAUUUAUUAUAAUCUUUGUCAUUAAACGAUGUUUUUUUAGCAUUCAAUUUAAAUAAAAUAAUUUUAUACAAUUAUUUCAUUUUUUUUUAACAAUAAUAAAACAGAUCAUAUAUAAAAGCUUUACUUUUCCAAACAUAAUAAAAUAAAAUAAAAAUGUGAAAAAACACUUUUUUUUACCUGCGUACAAACUUUUCGAAAUGAUAUUUGUCGGAUGCUAAGAAGUGAUACCUACAAAAUUACUAAUUUUGACCAAGGACAAAAACGGAUUGUUAAAAAGUAAUUGUGUUUUUUUUACAGCUAAGAAGACAUAAAUAAAAUAAUUCAGUUAUCUCCAGAAAAGUUGAUUGACCAUUAUAUAUUAAAGUCUUGAAAUCAACUACAUAGAUUGACGGGCUACAUAUAUACGGUACUAGAGCAGACAUUAUAUACAACUGGUGUAUUUCUGGACGUAACUCAAGUGUUUGACAGAGUAUGGCACCAGGUUCUUCGGUUUAAACUCAAGAUAAUAAUUACACCUAAUUACUACCUUAUUAUACAAUAUCCUUUCCGACAGAUUUUUCUCAGUCCGAUAGAAAGUAGAACUAUCUUUUAUCAGUUUUAUCUUAGCAGGAGUACCCCAAGAUUCAGUACUCUCUCCAUUACUCUCCAUUACAUUCACCCAAGACGUACCUUGUAGUUCUAAUAUUUUAACAGUUGAUGACACGGCAAUGUUAGCAAGACACAAAAGUUCAACAUACGCCUCACAGAUCCUUCAACAGUAUUUAACUAGAUUACAUGUAUGGUUAAAACUUUGGGAAACCCGACUAAAUCAAGACAAAUCACAGCACAUCACAUUUACCCUUCGACUUGAAACAUGCUAUCCGUGUUUUCCUUGACAAUACACAGAUUUUACAUACAGACACCGUUCGCUACCUUGGUCUGAAAUUUGACCGAAAAAUGACCCACAUAUAACGAAAAAGAGAAAAACGUUAAAUCAAAGAAUUAGACUUCUGUAUUCACUUAUUUCGGAAUAUUUAAAACUAAAAAAUGAAUUUGUAAACAGAAAUCGACCACAUACAAAAAGCUAUUUGGAUUAACGCAUUACAGAUUACUUGGGAAAGCCAAAAGACUCACAUAAACAAACUUCAAAUCUUUCAAGCAAAAACAUUUAGGACAAUUACAAAACGCACCAUGGUACGUUAGCAACAUAACCUUGCGUACUGACCUUAAUAAGCCGACUGUUAUACUGCCGACACAUGAACCGAUUACAAACGAUUCCAUAACAACUUACAAGGACAUCCCAACACGCUCAUAAAAGAUAUCUCAAAUGACAAGGAUCGUCCGUAGAAAGCUGGAGAGGAGCUGGAUGAGGGACCUUCGCCUAAUCUAGAUAUCACGCCAGGAGGAGGUGCCGCUGGGUAAUGCUUCUCUUCAUGCCUAACAUGCCAUUAUAUUUUGCAACGAUCAUCUCAUUCACUGGUUUUCUUUAACAUUAUUAUACGUGUGAAUAAAAAAAUUAAAGUAAAAAAAAAACUAUUAACGGCAAAUACAAGGAUCCAGCUUUUACUGGCAUGUAACUUCAUUAUAUAAUUUUAUUUAAUUAAAUAAUUUUUUUUUUGGUGUAUAAUAAUCACUUCUUAGCUCCGUCGAUAUAUUGUAGAUUUCUUAUACAUUAUAUUACUUAUAAUAUCUGAUAUGUCACUUAAUUAAUAAUUGUAAUAUAGAUUUUUCCCUGAGGUAAUUGAUUUUCAUAUGUCUGAAAAUUUUCAUUUGUUGUGAACAUCAAGCGAUAUGUUAACCAUAAGAAAUAUUAUUUCUUGAGAAAAAAAAAUAUUAUAACAGCAUGAAUGAAUUAUUAAUAAAGUUCAUUAGGUAAUUUUACUAUAAAAUGUGUUCUAUUUUUUUGGAAGAAUUUGAUUAAUAAUAUUUUUUUAACAAUAAUAAAAGUAACAUCAUUUUUUCUUGAUACUAUAUUACAAUAUAAAUGGUUCUACAUGUUUUGUUAUUAUAAUGUGAAUGUGUAGUAGUUAGAGUGGAAAUCGUAGAAAUAGCUAAUUUUUAUCUCAUAAUAUAAAAUUUUUGGCUUAGUAAUGAGUAAAUAACUAAAAAGUAAAAUGGCGCUAAAUCGACUGGCAUACAUCCGAAAAGUAACAAACUGCUUGAACUUAAAUGAAUACAGUGAAUAAAGAUAAUUGAGUGAUUUAUCGAAAGCAGUCUUAAGCAAAAGCAUACACAAGCUCAUAUUUUAACUAUAAAUAAAGUAAUGCUGGAACUAUUUAUCAACUAGUGGGACUGCUCAACCAAACUUCACUCUUCUGUACCUUACAAUGACAGUUUAAAUGAACUUUGAAAUUUUACUAGGCCACUUUUUAGGUCACCAAUUA